GCCAUUACGCUGCGCUGUAGCGCAAACACACACGCAAACCAUCAGAGAAGAAGAGCUACAGAAAGCAUGUGUUUGUGACCAUGUGAGUGGCAGUCAAGCAGCACUAAAUUAUCUUAAGCAAUCCUGAAUUAUUUCAUAAAACAAUUAGUUUUAUGCUGCAUCAUGUCGUCUUUCUUUAUAAAGAAAAAGGUAAUCUCUGCGGCUCCUAAUAAAGGAGAUUUAAAAAGAAAGAGUAAUGCAGAUGAUGGCAAAGGCCGAUCAAAAAAGUUCAGUAAGCGAAUGGAUGAAGAAAUAUCGAGUGACUCAGAAAAUGAAAGUGCUGAUCCAAACAGAAAAUUAUUCAUUCUUCCUCAGCUGGAACAGAAAGGCAAACUGCAAAGACUGAUAGCCAAAGAACUCAUAGCUCCAGACCCAGCAGAGAUCAGGUUGUUGAGAGGACACAAACUACCUGUCACAUGUCUCGUCAUCACCCCAGAUGAGAAAUACAUCUUCUCGGCAAGCAAAGACUGCUCCAUCAUCAAAUGGGAGGUGGAGAGCGGAAAGAAGGCGCAGAAGAUCGCAGGAGGACGGAAGGGAACAGAAGCGCGUCAUGUGGGACACACCGCUCACGUCCUGUGUAUGGCCAUAUCAUCUGAUGCGAAAUACCUGGCUAGUGGAGACAUGAAUAAACUCAUCAUGAUCUGGGAUCCGAUGACAUGUAAGCAUCUGUACAAGUUUAAAGGACACAGAGAUGCUGUAUCUGGUUUGGCCUUUAGACGAGGAACUCACACCCUUUACAGCGCGUCACAUGACCGCUCGAUAAAAGUGUGGAGUGUGGACGAGAACGCUUAUGUAGAAACCCUGUUCGGCCAUCAGGACAUGAUCACCGGGUUGGACUGUUUGAGUCGAGAGAGAUGUGUGACUGCAGGAGGACGAGACAGGACAGUCCGAGUGUGGAAAAUUGCUGAAGAAUCACAGCUUGUCUUUCAUGGACACGAGGGCUCCAUUGAUUGUAUCCAGCUUAUUAAUGAAGAACACAUGGUCACAGGUGGAGAUGAUGGCUCUAUAUCUAUUUGGACGGUUAAUAAGAAGAAGCCGGUGAGCACAGUGAAGCAAGCCCACGGUAGCCAUGGCAACACUGGUCUGGAGCAGCCCUACUGGGUGUCUUCUGUGGCGGCGCUGCACAACUCUGACAUCGUGGCAUCAGGCUCCCAUAAUUCAGCGGUGCAGCUGUGGAAGUGUGGGCAGGGAUUCAGAGGCCUGGAGCCGCUCUUCAGCGUCCCUAUGACUGGAUUUGUCAACAGUCUGAAGUUCUCAAACUCUGGGAAGUUUCUUGUGGCGGGAGUUGGACAGGAGCACAGAUUGGGCCGAUGGUGGAGAAUAAAGGAAGCUAGGAAUGGAAUAUAUAUCAUUCCUCUUAAAAGACAAGCUCAAGAGCAAGAAGUUGUCCAGUAAUGUGGUUUCAUCUAGGACUUGAAUUUGAUAUCAGAAAACUAUUGGUUGCUUUGGACUUUGGAUUUUUUUCUUUCUUUUGUUAAUAUGUCAGAACAUGAUGUAAAAGA